AGGAAACUGACAGCAUAAGCAGCGAGACCUCAUCAAAACGCAGUAAAGACGACACUAGCUGGCAAUCCCAGAUGGAAGCUGAAGGAGGUGUAUCAGACUGGACCAAGGAACAGGUCUGCCAAUGGCUCAGUGCUAUAGAUAUGGACAAAUACGUCCCAGAUUUCCUAGCUACUGACAUCAAUGGGGUGCAGUUGUUGCAGAUAGAUGGAACAAGGUUAAAGGAGAUUGGCGUAUCCAACAGCAAUGACAAAACAUUUAUCAAAAAGAAAAUAACAGAACUUAAAAAACAAGUUGACAAAGAUAGAAAAUUGAAGGAAAAAGAACAGAAAGCCAGGGAGAAGUUGGAGAAAAAGGGCAAGGUAGAAACAAAGAAGAAGAAAUUUCCAUUUAUAGGAAAAUCAUGAUAGGAACGUGUAAUAGAAAUAGCUAUGUAUAUAUAUUACAUUCCAUACUUAAUAAUGGCAGUAUACGAGUAGAAAGAAACCAAGAGAUAGCUGGGUAUCUGUAGGGCUCAUAAUAUGCAAAGAGAUUUGAAUUUUAACUGUCUUAGAUGUGUGCAAAUGUGUGCAUUUAUUUCAAUGUAUGCUCAUAUGAAGUCUCAAUUUUGCCAAGUUAGGAACUUACUGUACAUGUCUCUGCAUGGAGUUAUAUGGUAACCAAGUUGUGUUCAUGCAUAUGUUCUAGCUCUAGUAAAUGUACCAGUGCAAUUUCUAUGUACUGUCAGCUCGAUGAAGUCAUUUUGAUGUUUUCUUGUCAAAGAUCGUGUAAAUGCAGAACAGUUACAAUCAGUAAGAACAAAUCGAUAUUUGACUCCGUAUAUGGUAAAGCACUUGUAAUUUUUUACCAAAUAAGGAUAUAUUGGUACAAUUAUGUGACAGUGUCUCUUGCUAUAAUGUCUCCUUGUUGAUUGGUUAAUGCAUCACCAUGGGAACUGCCAUUGCAGUUUGAAAAUUUCUUCAAAAUACAUUAUCAUACGACUACUUAAUAUGAAAAUAUGUGGAUAUUAACUCUAUUUUGUAAUGUUUUAAGAAUAUAUAAAGCAGAAAAUGAAAUAUGUGUACACCUUGCAUUGUAUGAGGUCUAAGAAGAAUAUGGGAAACUAUUAUGUAUCAUCAUCCUGGUGUUUGAUUUCUCAGGUCAUCCCUUAUAUUAUCUAUUGUGAAUGUGAGGUAUCCAUGACGAUAUUUUUCGAUUAACACUUGCAUUUGUUUUCUGUCUUUAUAACCUGAAAAUCUAAGCCUUAAUCAAUAAAAUCCUAGGUUGAUAUAUUUGUUAAUAUUAACUUUA